GCCCAUUCAAUCGUUGCAUUGACACGGGAGUGACUGUCAACACAGAAACAUGGCUGCCCCUUCGGCGAGCCACAAGACGAGAAACGGAGAUAACACCACCAAAGACAACCCCAGUUGUCAUGAAGAGCCCGUGUCGCAGCCUCGGGAGAUAAUUAAACCUUCCAUACUGGAGCUGACCAAAGAAGUGAGGACGAACAUCCUGUGCACCGUUGCAGGAUGUGGCAAGAUCCUCCCGAACACACCUGCAUUGAACAUGCAUCUUGUCAAGUCGCACAGAGUGAAGGAUGGUAUUGUAAACCCCACAGUCAGAAAGGACAUGAAGGCCACAAAAAAGCUUUACUGUUGUCCCAUUGAAGGCUGUCCCAGGGGGCCUGGAAGACCUUUCUCCCAAUUUUCCCUGGUGAAACAACACUUUAUGAAGAUGCAUGCAGAAAAGAAGCACAAGUGCUCCAAAUGCAACAAUGGCUACAGCACCGAGUGGGACCUCAAAAGGCACGCAGAGGACUGCGGAAAGACUUACCAGUGUACCUGUGGCUGCCCAUAUGCCAGCCGGGCUGCACUUUUGUCACAUAUCUUCAGGACAGGACAUGAGAUUCCUACAGAGCACAGAAUUCCACCUGUAAAAAAGCGGAAGAUGGAGAAACUCUCCACGGGUUCUGAAAAGAUUAAGAUCAACGACUCUGUGAUUAUCCCUUCCACCCGCGAGCUAAUCGAGGAUUCGUCAUCUUCGGACAUCAUCCACAGUCCAGACUCUGCCAGUCAGAUGUCCAGUGGCCACAAGAGCCUCCAGAAGCAGCUUUUACCCAAACCCAACAUGGCAUUGGUCAGCGUGCCUGUAAUGCAGCUGGCCCACCUCCCCGUUCUGCUUCCAUCCACAGAAAGCGGCGCUCUAAGGUCGGUGGUGCUGGCGGUCAACAGCCAAGGCUCUGUUAGCACCCUUCAGCUUCUGCCCCAGGCCUCCGGAGCUGUGGUACCACAGCUGGAUGCUAAGAGCUUGGGUUUCCAGGAUAGCAUGCCUACUUCUCGCUCUUGCCUGGGGCCCAUCAGCACAGGGGUACAGGUUGGACUUGACGGUCUGGUUGGCGUCCUGGGAACGCAGCGAGGAAGGAGCACCUCGACCAACAUCCAGACCGACAAGUCCUACCUUUCAAAAAUGCCUCUGGGUGUCGCGGAGGGCAUUGGAUUGUGUUCCGUGGGAGAAUCCUCCGUGUCAUCCUGCUCCCAGACGGACAUCAGUGUGAGUGCCCAAGUCCUCCUGCCGGUCAGUGUUCAAACCCAAACGUUUGACAGCAGAGUUCGACCCACCUCCACAAUAGGCGCUCAGACCGACUGCCAAUCCUUAAACCAAAGCGUUUGCCCGUCCUCUUCCGCAUCCGCGCCACCGAGCAAAACUAGGCAGACGCAGACCUCCUUCACAACACCGCAAUCGAAUGACAAGGCUCAGGAUCAAGUCAUCAUGUGCUCUGACCUUUUCAGCGCUGAUGCGCUCAGUGUUUCCACCCAGGUAGACGAAUCUCUGACAGCUUCGAGAAGCAGUUUAUACGAGGCCGGAAAGGUAGCGGAAGGCAUGUGUUUUGGGGUUCAGACCGAUUUGCUGAACUCGAGCAACGUGGCGGACAACCAAACCCAAACCAUGGCCUUAUUAAAUGACUUGGAACACAUUCUCUCUGAUAGCAUGUCAGGCCAUCAGGUGCUGACCGCUGCCGCAACCGGCUGCGGGUCCAACCUGGGUCCUGUUCAGGAGCAACACGGCGCCAUUGACUUUGACUUUGAAGAGUUUCUCAGUUCUGUACACAUUCAGACACAGACAGAAGAAAGUCAUCUGGAGGGCAUGAACAGUGACACGCCCUUGGAGUCUUUAGACAUCCAGACCCAGACCGACUUCUUCCUGAUGGAUGAGCUCGAUGAAAGCGAGGGACCAAGUAGAACCCAAGCCAGUGACUUGGAGCUGUUUGAUACUCAGACUCAAACCGACCUCAACUUCCUUCUGAGCGCCGGAAGCCACGUGCCCCUGAGCAGCAUUCUGCGCCAUUCAAGCUUUUCUAUGAGCACGGAAUCGUCCGACACUGAAACGCAGACUGACCUGCAUUCAUUGGCUCCCUGCCUCCCCGUUCAAACCCCCGUCGGUCACGGCGAGCAGGCGAGGCUUUUAAACAGCACAGAGACGCAAACCAGCCAGGCGGAAAGCUUCGGACACCUCUUCCUCACGAGCAACGAAACGCAGACCGUCAUGGAUGACUUUUUGUCGGCCGACUUGCUGUGGAACAUGGAUUCCCAGUUCAGCUCAGUGGAAACGCAGACAUGCCGGGAGCUCUGCGCUCUCUUCCAACAGCCUGAGAAACCAAACAGUUGACGUUAUUAUUCUUAAUGGACGCUGCCUGAUCUUUGCAACACGUUGCCUGUGUCUGCCUCUAUCAUUGGAAUGAGCGAAGGAUGUCCUCCAGUGGUGCGGCAGUGAAGGUGGGAGAAGUCUGUGAAAAUGUCUUUGAAUCAUUCCACUCGGCUCAUCUUGGCAAGAGCGUUUCCGGGUCAAUCUCCCGACUGCUUUGUGCACUUUAUUAGCUCUGUAGGCAGGAUGUUUCCAUUCCUGACAGUUUACCUGUUUAUUUGCACAUACAUGUAACAUAAUGUGUCUUGUCUGAAAUGGUGUUUAUUUCAGUGUUAGCCAGUGUCCCUUUUUGAUGUUUGCCCUGAACCCAGCAGAUUCAAACCUAGCACACCAGUUUUACAUACCAAUGGCUGAAUUUAGAGAAGCAUCAACUGCAUGGGAAAAAAAAAAAUACUGGGCUGUAAAGUUAAGCGUGCAGUCACGUUUUGUGUGUUUAAAAUGUGCAUGAGCCUUCAAUUUGUCUUCAGUAAAUAUUAAUUUUGUUUUUAUGCAUUUGAUGGCUGCUUAGCCAAUGUGAAGGUUAGCACACAACUGCAGAGCCGUCCAAGUGUUACGGUUUCCAUCUGAAGCCGAGACAAAAAAAAAAGAUACAGCAGUUUCACAAGGAAAAAAAUAAAUGUCAGCCAUAGCUGUAUUUGUCCUUCGAUAAAAUCCUUGACUUAUUCAUUUGCCUGAUGUCAAUGUAUACGCUGACAGCAUUCGAUGGCUGCACCCAAACAGCUGACUAACAUUAGCUGCUUUUAUGGCACAAAGUUAAUAAAAUGAUCGAUUUCAUUCUGAAUUACUGGUUUUUGGUCAUUCAAAGCCAUUUUUUUUGUUUAUUUUUAUUUUCUUUAUAUAAACCGGGUUGCACUGAGUUACCUCCCAUUGUGUCAUCUGAAAUUGCUGAGGUGCGCCAAGCAUUGAAAGCUCUACGUAAGAAACAAAGAGCGAUUAUUUUAACUUUUUGGUGCCUUAACCGUAAGUGUUUUUUGGGUUUUUUUGGAACUGUGAACUAUUUGGAAGACC